AUGGCUGUUGAAGCCGCCGUACUAAGGGCUCAGGGUUUUUCGGAUGCCGUGGUCCAGACCAUGGUUCGGGCCAGGAAGUUGUCGUCUUCCCGAAUCUACCACCGGACCUGGAAGUCCUACUUUAUAGUUGAUGGGACAAUACAAGAAAAUACAGAAUAUGAAGGCGUUGAUGUGUCUGUUGAAGACUAUACAGAUACUGAACACUACAUCACCACUCAUGAUGGCGAAGAAAAUGAAGAAACAUCUCAGGAGAUUGAGGAGACCACAUUUAGUGAUGUCAUUGUAAGUAAUGAAAACCUGAAGGAAUGUGGACACACUCUGGGAAAUGAAGCUUUAGAGGAUAACGGCUUUGCAGCAAGAGAAGAUCUGGACAAAGGAGAGGCUGCCCCCAGCAUAGCUACCCAAGAAGGUGAAACACUAGAAAACAUUGACAUUGCUGAUGAAAUUGUACCAUCAGGGAUCAGAGAGGUCCACGAAACGGAAAUCACUGUGACAAAUGAAGAUGUUGAGGAAAACAAAGCCGCUACGGAUAGUGCAGAUGUUAUGGGAGAAGAUAUUGUAAAUAGUGAGGUGUCUGCAGAACUUUUAGAGAUUGAACCCCAGAAGGAUACAUCGAUUUUACAAGAUGAAACCUUGAAAGAAGAUGUACAAAGUCAUGGUGGGCUUAUCUGUGAAGAUGUAACCAGUGAAGAUUUGGCUCUGGGUUUCUAUGAUGCAGACAUGCUUGAAAUUGAAGACCCUCUAAAUAGUGUAGACUUAACUGGAGGUGAAAAGGAUCCAGCUAGUGACUAUUACAUGGACAUUGAACCAGUGCAUGCUGAAGACUUCACUGGAAAUGAAGAGACAGUAUCUGGUGAGGUAGCUAUAGAGCAUCUGGGGACUAUAACUAGUAAAGACUUUGUGCAAAGUAAGGAGGAGUUCGCCAGCUCUAACAUCAUUAAGUGUGGUGGGGUGACAGCUGCAGAAUUUGAAAUAGUUCAAAAGGAGGAAGAAGUUGUUUCUACAGAAGUAGCCAUUGAACAAGGUAGCAUGAGCUAUGUAGAGUUGGGGGCCACCAUUGGUGAAGGCUCAUUGUAUGAAUUCCUCCAAGAUUUUGUAGCUAAUACAAGUAAUCAAGGGCUUUACCAAGCAACAGACAUCGAGUGUGGAAAGGUGACCACUACAGAUUUUGAAGAGGUAAUUCAAGAUCAUGAAGAUGUCGUAUCUUCAGAAGAAGCCAUUGAAGAAGCUAACCUAAGUUUGGAAGAGUUUGAAGGUCCAGUGACUGACUUGAGUGGUGAUUUUGCAGCUAAUGCAAGUGAAGAACCAGUAGCUGGAGAAGAGGCUGUAAUCAAAAAAGAUGUAGAAAGCGAGGCUGCAGUUGUCGUUUCUACCGAAGUAGCCAUUGAGCAAGCUAGCAUAAGCUUUGUGGAGUUGGGGGCCACCAUUGGUGAAGGCUCAUUGAAUGACUUUAAUCAAGAUUUUGUGACUAGUACAAGUAACCCAGGGCUUUACCGGGCAACUGGUGAAGUUGUCACUAAAGAAGACGUAGAAACUGAGACUGCAGCUGUCGAAGAAGUUUUUUGUGAAUCUCUGUCUGCAGAUGACGAUAAUGACCAUGAAGAGUCUGGACUUGUAGGAUCAGGGGAAUAUAGCCAACAUGUUUUGGACCCUGAAAGGGAUGUAUGGAGCCAGAAUGAAGACACAUUUCCUGCAGCUCAUACCAACACGAGACAAAGAGAAACAGAACAAGGUAAACAGCCAGACAGCUUCACCGUGUAUAGAGAAUGUCCGACGUUAAUUGCGAGUACUGAUAGUGUGUAUGAGAGUGAAGCACCAGAGAAGACGGACAGCGACAGUGAAGCCUCAGUAGGGAGCAAUGACGAUCUGCUCUGGAGUUACUUUUGUGGGUCAGAAUCUGCUGUCCAAGAGAAGGUGGUCACUGAAGAAAUUGAACAUAACACAAAGAAGAAGCAAAUCCCGUGGCAUCUCUCCGGUAGCCGAAGUCUGUCUGCUGAUGGCUCCCCUGCCACUUGA